AUGAAAUAUCCAGUACAAGGACGUCCUCUGAUACUAUUCACAGCUUCCAGUGACGUCGCUAUUGGAGCACUCCUCUCCCAGGAGGAUGAAGAAGGCAUUGAACGUCCAAUCUAUUACUUCAGUCGAACAAUGAGGGAUGAUCAACUCCGGUACCCGAAGGCUGAAAGGACGUGUCUAGCAUUGGUACACGCGAUCCAGAGGUUCAAAUAUUAUCUACUAUCAAACAGGGUCGUGCUGGUAGCCAAAGCCGAUCCCAUAAAGUUCUUACUGUCGAAACCUGCUUUAAUUGGAAGACCAGCGAAGUGGCUACUUCAAAUGUCGGAAUUUGACGUAGCAUGUGUUCCUCCAAAAGCAAUCAAAGGACAAACAGUCGCAGAUUUACUUGCCGCUUUCCUUGGAGAAGAUAUCACGAUGUUACAUGAAGAAGUGCCCGGUGAGUUUCCAGAGAUCUCAAUUAUUCAGGAAGAAACGUUGCUAUUAUACCUCGAUGGGUCUGCCACUCCGAGAAAUGAUACUGGUGGAGCAGGUAUUGUGCUGCUUGCUCAAGUCGAAGAUACUCAAUCGAACGAUUGGCGAGCGCCCAUUAUUCAUGAAUUGAGAAAUUCUCUCACGGAAGGAAAAGUUAGUCUCAAGGAACUUAAAAACUUUUUCCUGUUGCACGGAGCGUUAUAUUACCGCAACCCUGAUGGAUCCCUGUCACGAUGCCUUGGAGAAGAGGAAGCCGGCGAACAACUCAAGUGCAUACAUGAAGAAAUAUGUGGGCAUACCCUAGUGGUUACACUUUAUAGAAGGCUUCAAAGACUCGGAUACAAUUGGCCUUCCAUGGAGGCUCAGUCGAGGAUGCUACAAGGAUCAUGUCCCAACUGUCAGACACCACCUCAUCAUCUGGAGGUUCUAACAAUCCAUCACACUGGGAACUGGAGAGAACCUUACAUAAAGUAUCUUCACGACAACGAUCUUCCAUCAGAGAAGAAAGUAGCAGUCAAACUCGUUCAGAGGGCCAAGCGUUUUGUCUACUUGGAAGGGAUUUUAUACCGCAAAAUAUUUGGUGGAAACCUCCUGAGAUGCCUGGCUGAACAUGAAAUUCUUACAAUCCUGAAGGAGAUGCACGAAUGUGAACACCAAGGAAAGAAGAAGUUAUUUCUCCAAAUUCAUGAGAUUUAUUAUUGGACAACCAUGGAAGAUGAUGCAGCCGCUUAUGUUCGGAGAUAUCAUCAAUGCCAAGAUCACGACAAUCUCAUUCACACUCCUUGUCUCCCAUUAAAUUCUGUGAGCAGUCCAUGGCCCUUCUACAACUGA